AUGUUGUGGGCUGCAGGGAGGUUUAUUUCGAGCCCACGCUGCUUCCCUCUGAAUCAGGCAGGUCAAAAACAGGCUGUCAGGUCACGUGGUCCAUAUUUGGCAGUGAAAUCCUAUCUGCUUGGAGCAGUAGAAUGGAGGUGGCUUUCUGCUGAGUUGGAAACAGAAGGAACCUUGCUCCAUUUGAUUAUAAUUGUGUGGAUUAUACCAGUAUUUGAGCCAGAUUGUGACGAGGCAGAGGUAGAUUGUUGUGAUGUUGCGUGUGGUAGUGCUGGUGGCGACGUGCGCCGUGGCGCUGGCCUACAGUCCUAUCCUGGACUCUACAACAUGCUGUAGCUGUCAGACACUUCUCCCAAACAACGUACCCGACAAUGUGGAACCCCAGAGGAUGCCCUCACCUUUCAAGAUCAUCGUGUCCAGGAAUUAUUACGCUCCUCUGGAAGAAAUCAAAGUGAAUCUUACAGCUGAAGGGGACACAUACUUCCGCUCUUUCAUGAUUGUGGCAUGGGCCACAGAUUACCGGUCAGAGAACCAGCCGAGAAAAGCAGUGGGCAAAUGGGAUGCUGUGGACGGGACCUCUGUAGCCAAAGACUGCCUCAACAACCAGGAAGAUGGGGAGGCUCUGAGAAGUACCACCAUGAACACCAAGAGGAUGGUGAAACUGGCAUGGAGGUCCCCAGAAAGAUAUGGACAUCUUGAAUUCAGAGCUACAUUUGUCGUUGAUGAUGAUACAUACUGGGCCAAAGAAAAGUCACAGAUGAUUGUUGACCCCAAAGCUGAUCCACCGACAACCAAAGCACCUCUGCCACAAAUCAUAGAUCCCAUCAACUCUGCUGGUUGUGGAAAGCAGAAGGGCUGCUACCGAUAUCCCCAUGGCUGCUGGGAGUUGUACUGUGAAUACAUCGCCACCUGGGAGGAUCACGGCACCCACAUCACCUUCGAGGUCGGCGCCCACACAGACGGGCUGGAUGACAGAUGGGUUUCCCUGGCUCUCUCUAAUGACACAUACAUGGGUGACGACAUGGUGAUGGACUGUGUGCACAACUCGGAGAACCACCAGACCAAGGUCUCCCUGUCCUACAAUGAGCCUGGCAAGAAGCAGAACCGGAAUCUGCCUGAGUAUCUGACCAACAAGGCACUGGUGUUCCAGGAGGGCUCCCACUUCAAUGGACGUAUACGCUGUCGCUUUCAGAUUAAGAAAUACAACAAGGACAGCACUGGUCGAGUGGUUGCUCUCACGGGCAACAAAUGGCAUAUGAUUCUUGCCAGAGGGAAUGCCGUACAAGGAAAAAAGCUCCGCCAUGGCUUGUUGGAACAUCAGCUGCCAGUUGUCUCCCCUUACAAGGUGUCCCUCCAGACUAUCCCCGAUGUCCAUGAUAGAGCCAGAUAUCCUCUGGUCAAGGCCCAUGGUUGCCUGAUGCUGUUCGCCUUCGUGUUCUGCUCCUCCAUUGCUCUGCUGCUGACCAAGUACUACAAGCCCAUGUGGCCCAACAAGAGGUUCUUCGAGCAGCGCUACUGGUUUGUGGUCCACUUCAACCUAAUGGCCUUGGCCUUCCUUGUGGUGAUUAUCGCCAUCAUUCUCAUCUUCGUGGAGGCAGGAGGCUGGAGUCUGACUCCUGACCUACCUCAGAGGGCCCAUCCUAUUCUAGGAAUUAUUAUAUUCAUCUGUAUCUUGAUAAAUCCAAUCAUUGCCCUGUUCCGACCCUCAGAAGACAACAAGUGUCGGCCUGUCUUCAACUGGUUCCACUGGGCUUUUGGAACCAUCGCCAACGUCCUUGCCAUUCCCAACAUCUUCAUCGGUAUGGACUUCGGCAAGGCUAUGAUCCCCUGGUGGGCCACCUGGAUCAUGGUGUUCUGGGUCAUCUUCCAUCUCAUCAUCGAGGUCACCCUCGAGGUCCACCAGUGCUGCACCCACAAGAAGAACAAGGAGAGAAGGAAGAAGUACGAGGCAAUGAAGAGAGACAACCCCAAAAACUACAUCCAGGAACCGGAACCCGCUGGCCGUCGGUUCAAGAGGUCGUUGUUGUGGCUCCACCUGACUGUGACAACUAUCAUCACAAUCAUCAUGAUCAUCGUCAUCGCAGUCUGCUAGACAUGCUGCUACAGCUGCUGAGGAAGACAGAACAAAUGGAUGUGUGGCACUGUGAACAGGCUCAUGUCAUACAGGAUCUUUCUAAUUUUGUUAUUUGAAAAUAAUAAUUAUAUGACACAUAUUAUAUUAGAAAUGUCCAAAAGUGUUGAAGUAUCUUACAAAUUUUCUUACUUCAAGGAUUUUAUAAUGUACCAGUUGCUGCUCAUUUUGCAAAUAUUGUCUCCUUUGCAUAAAGAGGCGAUCAAAUAUCAUCUGAGCAUGUUGACAGUGUUGUCACAUCAUAAGGGAAGGGGACAGAGACAAGAGUUGUCUCCCUUACACCAGGAAAAAUAGAUCUGAAAUGUCAUUUAUGAUGUCUUUCUGGACAAAUACUAUGAACCCGUGUCUUCUCUUAAUGUGAUGCUGUGAGUAAGGAGACUUAAGUUAUAAGAGCAACACAUGAUGAACUUGUUGCUCACACCAGCAAUGCACCUUGUACACACUGCAGUGCAAUGUGGUCAGCACGCUUCACUGAUCUCUAGCUUGGAACUGUGAUGAGGACAAACUUCAAGAGAAUCUCCUCCUCAAGAACUUGCAUCAAGCUUUGUGCUUUCAACACGCCACUGUAUGACCUCAUGCAUGGGCUUGAUUUAUGAUAUCGCUACUCUGUUCGUAAGAGAGAUUGUUAGCUUUGAUUUGGUUGUGUAACUUCUUUUUUCUCAGUUUUGAAGAUUCUGAUGUUGUAAAUCCGUUGAAAUUUGUUAUUUUUUAGCAGAAUAUUUUAUUGCAUAAUGUAGCAUUAUGAUCAUGUUCAAGAAAUCAAUACGUUUUGUUGUUCCAGUGGAGAAAUUGUUUUUGAAUAAUAUUUUUGAAGACUCUGAUAGGAACUUGUGCGAGUUGGGUUCAGUGGAUAAUGUGUUUUCAUCUGUUCUGAAAGUCUUAUAAUUCUGAACUUUUUAGUUUGUUUUAUAUGCAUUUACUGUUUGUUUUCUGUUUCAUAUCACGGCUCUAGGUGAAUGUGUUAGAGAUGUGUUGAAAUAGUUCGUUAGACUCCGGAUGCAUGAAUCUCAUGACAUCUCCAGUACGCCAGUAGCCUAGUUGUACUGCUAACAUACAAUAUUGUCUCAUGGUGCUAUGUAUGCCAAAUUAACUUCAACUGGAUUGUAGUUAUCAGCAAUUGAUAUUAUUUUAUUAUGGCAGGUUUCGCUGUAAUUACACUAAUAGGAUUUGAGUGACUGAGGCACAUUUAGACAUAAUAUUUUGAAAAACCUAGGUUGACUGAGUUUUUGUUUUAUUGGGUUAAUGGGGCUGUGUAUUAACCUAUUUGUUAAUGCAUUCACUUGUCAUCCUGAAUGUCUGUGUUUGAUUCCAUGAUUGGUACCAGAAAACCAUCCAGGAUUAUAUCAUACCAUGGCGUGGUAUCAACGUUUCUAAAAGUGAUGUUAAAAUUGAUUUUAAUGACUGUAAACAUAAUAAAGGUUUACCAUCAACAAACACUUGUUAAUUUAAAUUUAUUUAUUUUAAUCAGUACAUUUGUGAUUGAGAUUACUUGGCAAUAACUCAGUGUGCCUCAUUACAGAGAAUGUCAAUUUGUUAAGCUCAAGAGAUAUGUUAUGAACAUUUAUCUAAGGGAAAGAAUUAGUGAAGGGUAUGAAUUUCUUCACAUUCCAGUGCAAGAAUAUGAUUGGUUGAUAUAAACAAAUUCCUGUGUACAAGAUUACGAAUGUUCCUGUUUAGAAACUAACUGGACCCAAAGACCAAGAUAGCUCCAUGCUACAAUUAACUGAGGAAAUCACUACCAAAGUUCUAAGGAAUAUGUUGUAAUACAUCAUGCCACCUUCUUUCCUCAUGUAAAUUUAGACCGUUUUCAUUUAUUGUCUUAAUUUAGUGUCUGUUAAGGUCGAUAGAGGAAGAAACAGGAAUAUUGGAGACGUGAAAAAGUGACACCUCUAUAUUCUCAGGAAUUAUCAGCUUCAGCGGUAGAAUUGAAUAAAACACGUAAAAAUCAUGUUGUCAAUUUCAGUCUGUAAUAGAUCUGUGGCAAGUUCUAGCUACAUGAUGGUCAUUCAUCUGUCUGUACCCUGAUGGUGAUGAUCUGAUCACAUUAAACUGUUGAUGUAAACAUCUGACACAUAUGUCGCAAAAUCAGCAUGUCGCAGAUGCCGUUCUUGUGAUUUGACAUACGUUUUAGCAUAAUGAAGGGGCCUGUCAUUCUGAAUUAUACUUUUUAGAUUUGUUAGCAUUGAGGUACUUUUCACAUUUCAAUUUUUUAAUGGAAUGUUCAGUAUGAUGUAAGUUGUUUUUUUAAAUAUUUCAGAGAGAGACAUGUGUUCAAUAUUCAGAAUUUUUCUCAAAUUGGGAGAAAUACAGUGGUAUGCUAUUUUAGAUCUGAUGUGUGUUCUCCGUUAGUCACCACCAAGGUGAUGUGAAUAGACAAAAUGUGUGAUGCUUGAACAUUGAGUAUUGAUAAGCACAUGCUUAAUAUACAAGAAUGAUAUUCAUAGAUCCUGGCCAUUUGUGAAAUUCUCAGUUGAGUUUGCCAGGCCUCAGUGUAGGGAAUCAGGGUCCGAUGAUGUAGCUCAGACUCUGUCUGACAAAACCUGCUCGGUCAAUGGGUUAAUCAUGUAAUAUAGAUGGUUGAUUAUGUCGUAAUUAUCUCCCUUGUAUCAUAUUCAUACCUUUGUACAUUGUAUAUAUUGAUGUAAGGCUAGCAUUCAACUCUUCACAAAUAUCAAAAUGACUGUUAAAGUAAUACUUCUCACCUCUCAGGUAGGAUUGUCUUAAGCUGAUCAUUGUUUGUAAAAUUGGUAAAAGGUCAGUGUUAAAAUUAAUUCCCUAAUUACCGGGAAUAAAUGAGAGUAUGUCAUGUUGAAUAUAUGACAGUUUGCCAUAACAAGAAGGAAAAUCAAUCGCAUUUUGAAGUCAAUUUUGACGUUAUGAUAAUAGUUGAUAUUUGUGACUAUGUUCAUUGCUUCUGACUGCCGCCAUUUUCGUCACAGUCACUUGGCAAAAUGGAUCCAACCUGACAGGAAAUAUCUCUUUUUGGAAGGAAUCCUUUUUCAUGCAAUGAAUUAUGUUCAAAGUUUGCUUUGCCAAUUGCCUGUGAUUUUGGUAGAGGAAUUUAGUACAUAAUUCUUUAAUCUGCUUUGUCGGCAAUUAUCAGUGUCGGUAUACAAAACUGUUGUAUAUUUGUAUUAUGUUGAGUGUUAUUUAUUUAAUGUCCCACACAGCAGAUUGCCAACAAGUAGAGACCUACAUGUUCAGGCACUCCUACAAUCAGACUAUAAAGCAACAGAAUGGAAUGAAUCUGUGUUAUAUCAGAAUGAAAGUAUCUAUGUAAUGCUGAUAACAUCUGCCAAGUGAUGCACAGUGCUUAGUCAUAAUAGGUUUGUAACGUGAUAAGCGAAGAUAUGAUCCCAAUAACAGAUUGUUUUUGUUUGUCUGCCAUCUUUUUCGUCAGUGCUGGACUAAAGCAAAAUACUUGUUUUAGUGUCACCUGCAUUAUUGCGUUCACAAUAUUUAUCGUUACCUCAGCCAAUAUGAUUGUUCUAAGACAACAACAAUCCAAUAUGACAUGUGGUGUUCCAAUACAACAAGCCAAUAUGACACCUUGUAUUCCAAUUCAAGAAGCCAAUAUGACGGGUGCUGUUCCAAUACAACAAUCCAAUAUGGCAUGUACUUUCCAAACAACUGCUAUUAACUCAAGUUGUAGAAUGUUUGUGCACAAUGCCUGCAGUAUUCUAUGUAGUCUUUUUCAUUCUGAUGUAACAUGUUCAUUCAGUUUUGUUGUUUUAUUGUCUGCUUGUACUAUGGCCGUAUGAUUACAUCUACUCUUGCAUGUUAUAUUCUGUAGCAUGCCCUACCCAACCCAACCAGUACAUGGGAACCUUGGAUCUAGCUAGCAUAUUUUCAGUUUUCCUGUUGUGAUCUUGACCCAUUUCUAGCUGUAGUUAAAUUGUUUUGUCACUGAAUUCAAGCUUGAAUAAAUAAUGCCAGUUUUACUUAUUACAUUACUUAUUAGAUUUACCAACAGCAACGUCUAUCGUAUAAGGGGAAUGAAAUCUUCUUGAACACUAUAAAAAAAAUGUUUUCACUAUUGACAUGCAGUGAGAUGAUUAUGAUUGUAGUGUUUAUGCUUUUGUUGUCAUUUAUAUCUGUUUUCACAAUGGUGCUCUUAAAUACAUUUUCGUCCGAUACAAAUAUGAUAUAACGGUUAGGAUAUCCAAGAAAAUGAUCACUCUGACUGAGAUACAUUAGGUGCCUUGCACUAUCAGUUUUCCAUCCAUCUGUGGCAUCCUGCUUCUUGUAAUAUCAGGUGGAAAUAGAACUAUGAAGAGAUAAGUGGAAGUUAGGUAUGUACAUUAUGGUAUUGCUGUCACAAUGGUAAUUAUGCAUUAUGAGUUGUAUUGUUGAAUAUUUACCCUUGCAAUACCGAUACUACAUGUUAAGAUAAUCCUACUUUGUACUACCUUGUAUACUGUGUCGUUGUUGACACAACACUACUCAGCCUUGGCUUGUAGAAUAUCCUAAUUACUUUAUUAUUUGAGUGAAUAAAUAUACUUUUAUUGUA